AUGAAAGAAAUGAAACUAGUUUGGUCCCCAGAGAGAGCUACUAACUCAUACAUCGACACGGUUCAAGCUGUAAGCACCACUCACUGCCACCUUUCCAGCGAAUCCGGCGUGGCGGAGCUGCUAUCCGCUAUGGCGGCGGGAUGGAACGCGCAGCUCAUAGUUGAAACAUGGUCACGUGGCGGAGUUAUUCCAACCAGUCUUGGUUUAUCCAUAGCGAGCCGUCACACAGGUGGAAGACACGUGUGUAUAGUUCCUGAUGAACGGUCGAGAUCUGAGUAUGCAAAGAUCAUGAGAGAAGCAGGUAUGUCGCCGGAAAUUAUGGUUGGUGAACCGGAGGAAGUGAUGGAUGGUUUAGUCGGAAUAGAUUUCUUGGUUGUUGAUUCUAGAAGAAAGGAUUUUUCAAGAGUAUUGAGGUUAGCGAAGUUGAGUGGUAGAGGUGCUGUGUUGAUAUGCAAGAAUGCUAAUUUUAUUUCCAAGAUGGAUUCUAGUUAUAUAUGGCGGAGCGUGGUGGCGAAGGGAUCGAGACGGCUGGUUCGUUCGGUGUUUCUUCCGGUGGGGAAGGGACUUCAUAUGGCACACUUAUCGGCUGCUGGUGGCGGUGAGAACUCUUCUUUGGCGAUGAAGCAUAAAGGAAAUGUUAUUCCUAACCGAUGGAUCAAACAUGUUGAUCAACGGUCAGGGGAUGUUCACUUUAUUAGAAAAUGA